GAUGCUGUCAGAUGCCAGGAGAUGUAAAAGAUGUGUUCGAUCAGGAGGCGCACGAAUCUUGUCGCACAUCCACCCUCUUCCUCCCUCCGUUAUCCGUUCCGCCACUGUUCACUCCCGAGCCACUCCGCAGCCCUGCUCCAAUGGCGCUGUGCCGGACGGCGCCCGCCAACUCCUCCUGCUUCCACCCCCGCGCCGUCGCCAGCUCGCCGUCCUCUCUCAGCGUGGGCACCAAGGUCUUCGUCGGGUUGAAGGCCCAGACCAGGCUCGGCUCGUCCGAGUCGUCGUGCCCGAAUGUCAACGCCCGGUUCUACACCGCCGUCAACCGGAGGGUCUCCCUGGGGUUGUCAAACAAGAGGGCUACCAGGGCACGUAUUUCAAUGAUGCCUGUCGGCACACCACGGGUACCUUACAGAACACCUGGUGAAGGAACCUGGCAGUGGCUUGACAUAUGGAAUGCUUUAUAUCGUGAGCGGAUUAUCUUCAUUGGGGACACUAUUGAUGAAGAAUUCAGUAACCAAGUACUAGCAAGCAUGCUGUACCUUGACAGUGUUGAUGACACAAAGAAGAUUCUUCUAUACAUCAAUGGUCCAGGAGGAGAUCUUACACCAUGCAUGGCGUUAUAUGAUACCAUGCUAAGCCUAAAGAGUCCAAUUGGUACUCAUUGCUUGGGCUUUGCAUUCAACUUGGCAGGAUUCAUUCUUGCAGCUGGUCAAAAGGGUUCGCGUACUGGUAUGCCUCUUUGCCGUGUUUCACUUCAGUCACCUGCUGGAGCAGCUCGAGGCCAGGCUGAUGAUAUAGAAAAUGAAUCAAACGAACUUAAUCGGAUCAAGAACUAUCUUUAUGGCAAGCUAGCAGAGCACACGGGUCAUUCUGUUGAAAAGGUUCAUGAGGACCUAUCCAGGUCGAAGCGCUUCGACGCAGAAGGAGCCCUCGAGUACGGGAUCAUUGACCGUAUCGUCAGGCCUUCCCGGAUCAAGAAAGAGGGCGGCUCGACCACCGGUCAGAAGAAGGAGCUGCGGAAUCUGGGACUCGGCUAAUCUUAGAUGUCAGCACACCAGAGUUAGCCGUAGACUGCCACAGUUUUUCCACGUCUAGUCCUGCUUCGAAAUCUCGACGCUUCCUUUCAUGGUUCAUGCGGAUGUACGAGAUUUAGUUUGUUGUCUCCGGUUUCCCCAGACUUUUAAGUCAGCGCGAUAGCAGGAAGAGGUGAUAGGCGGUGGUGAUAUUCGUCGUUUUUUCAUGCACACCGAGAAACACCGUGCAUAGUUGAUGAUUUUGCGCCACAUUAAUGUUCAUGUUGAGUCAGUGGUCCGCAAGAUGCUGUCUGAUAUUUAUCUUUUAUUUUUUUUGCGGGAA